UAUAGAAGGCAGAAAAUAAAGUUUCCAGUGAAUUAAUAAAAUUAAAAUUGUUUUUCCAGAUGAAAAUUGGCUAUUUGGUCAAAUAGGCAAAAUUAUCUAACAAAAAGGCUAGCUAAAGGUGGCUGUUAAAAACUUAAUAGUAGAAUGUUUGACUAAAUGUUUGGCUUAUUUGCUAGUCUUUUCCGGUUUGAAAACAACUUGCAAGGCUGCAAAGUUCUUCAUAACCCCAUUGUAAGGCAGCUAUGACCUAUGAGUGAAGUAAUUGGGAAGUUUCUAGUGCCAAGAAUCUAGGGCUGGUCCAGACAGUGCUGAAUGAGGAAGAUGCAUCCACAUCACAUGACUGAUGUCUCUGCUUCACGACAUCUCAGGUCUUGGAAGAUGAUGCUGAUCCCAGUGGGACAUUGAUCAUCAUUUAAGACUUUUGAAAAAAAAAACAUUUAAAAUUUUCAAUGAUAUUUUGUGCCUUCUAGUUCAGGACAGAACUUUUUCAUUGACCAAAGUUGCUGGUUGUUUUGAUUAAUAUUUGGAAUUAAUUUUUUUUUUAUUUCUGUAGUUCUGUUUUUCUAUUGUUGAUCUUUUCAUUACAGUACUAAAUUAAUUAUGGCAGUUAUUCCUAAACACUCCAGUCGUUAUCUUAUUUUAGCCCUAUUGUGGUUGGCUUAUUCAAGUAGCUAUCUUCUUCGUAAACCACUGGCACUUGUCAAAACUCACAUGAUGUCUGAAUUUCGGGUUGAUUUGACUAUCAUAGGCUUCUUAGAUGUAGCCCUUUUGUUACCCUACUCUGUUUUUUCUCUCACCAUAGGCUGGUUAGCAGAUUCAUUUGGUGCUCGUAUGGUCCUUGGGGCUGGGUUGUGCUUAGGAGCUACUUCUUUUGCAUUAAUUGGCCAAGUUUCAUCAUUAAAUUCCAUUUUCUUUUUAUUAUUUGUAACUGGUGCUUCACAAGCUCUAGGCUGGCCUACUUGUAGCUCCAUCCUAACAGAUUGGUUUCAUCAUUCAGAGCGUAACUCUGCAUUUGGAAUUUUUGGCACCAGUGCAUUUGGUGGAAGUGUUCUAGCCACUUAUUUGGCUGUGUAUUUGCUGGAGGUGAUGCAGUGGCAGAGCAUAUUCAUAUAUUGUGCAAUCAUUCCUGGUGCAUGUGGCCUCUUAGUUAUUUUACUAGCAAAAUCACCUAAAGAAUACAAAUUGCUCCCAGUUGAUUCUGAUGACCAAGACUGUAAGGAUAAAUUAGCAAAAUCAAGCGAAUCGUUGACUUUCUUCCAGGUAAUGAAGCUACAGCUGCUACCUGAGAUUUGUUUUAGUAUUGUAUGCAGUAAGUGCGUGCGUUACGCAGUGCUGCUGUGGCUGCCAAUGUUUCUACAAAAAGGUCUUAACUACUCGACAAUGUCAGCAGGUAUAGGCUCUACUGCAUAUGACAUAGGAGGUGUUGUUGGUAGUCUUCUAAAUGAUUUAUUGGUUCGCUACUUUUUCCGUUCAAACAAUUUUUUUGCUUCCUACAUGACUAGUAUUCUUACAUGUGUAUUCUUAGGAUUAUUUACCAUGAGUGGGCAUUUAGGAAUAAGUAUGCACAUGAUAUUGCUGUUUUUAGCAGGUCUCUUCAACUCAGCCACAGACAUCUUGCUCACUGGUCCUAUUGCCGCCGACCUGGGCGUUCAGUAUGACGCCCGGGUGGCGGUGAGCGGUGUAAUUAACGGCAUGGGUUCUUUAGGGGCGGUAAUACAAGGACCAAUCGUUGGCUGGGUGGGCACCACUUGGGGCUGGACGGCCGUGGUGCCCUGUCUCAUUAUUCUAUCGGCUGUGGGUGCUCUCGCCUCGUUCAGAGCCUUCCGAGUGCAGGGUCAAAGAUAUCAUCUUGAUAAAAUGGCAGCUGAAACGUGACCAAUCUCAUACUCGAAUCUUCGUUCUUCAUUCCAAAUGUUUCAACCUUCUUUCGUUCUAGUCCCGUUAUUAUGAUGUGGCUCUAAUGGAAUCCCCGCAUAUUCCCGCUAGUGUUGUUAUAUUGUUGUCUAACUUGCCUUAUUGAUCGAAGUAUCCAUACUCGAGUUAUAUAGUACGGGACAUUUUCUUGGCUACAUUUGUCAUUUAGUAUAUUUAGACGGCGAGUAAAGAAGCUGCCAUUGCCAAAUUACUGGUAGGAACAAAUAAACUGAGAUGCCUUUGGCUGUAAACGUCCAUUUGCAAAAGCAUUAAAGUGCUCUUAAUAUUGCUUUAAGUUGCGUUAUUUUGAUCAAAUAUUUAUUAUUAUCGGAGCUUUAAGAGAUAUUUUCUCAGCUUUAAUCUCGCUCUUGACCUCCUGUCUAACAAUAAAUUAUGUGUCAUGGCAUAAGGAAUUCGAUUGCUACACACGACAGUUUAUGAUAGUGAAACCAACUGCGAAGAUGAACUUUUAUUUAGAGGUCUAUGAGUUAGAUAGUUUGACUAAUCUAUAAGUUAAUACCUACUCGGCUGAUGGUUACAGAG